AUGCGUCGCUUCCACCAUCAGCCUCAAUCGCAGGUACCAGAUCGAGAGGCUUCUGUCAGUCCAGCACCUUUUUCACCACUUCCAUAUCGAACUGCGAGCCCUCAACUUUCUCUCACGACCUCCAACGACCGCCGUGAGAGCGCUUCCGGAAGUGGCAGAGCUGAAAUAUGGCCUUCGAAUACAGUUAGGGUCAAGAGGCUCGACAAGCGGAGAAGUCCCGAGCGUAUCGGUGCAUGGGACCUGGCAGCAGAUUUCAACCUUGCAGAAUUCGCUCUGUUGGGUAAAAGACAACGUGCACCACAAGUUAUUGAGGACUACCUGAAGAAGGCGACACAACAAUACCAAAACGAUGUACCAGAGGCCUUCAAACAAGUUCCGGAUCAAGAGGAGCCUGUUGAUGUUGAACAACCAGCUGCAAGCAAAUUGCAACGAUCAUAUUCCUUCGACCAUUCUGGCUCGACACAUGAUUCUACCUACGACUCCAGACAGCCCAACGAUGAACCUAGCGAGGAAGCUGAGUAUUGUUGUGAUGACACAAAGCGCCGUGCUGCACAAGGGGUGGGCGGCGUUUACUUUUGCUAUGCAUGCAAGAUAACCUACUGCGACGACUGCUGGGCGGCACAGAUUCCACAUAAAAGGAAGGUUCCUGGACAUCGCAUGGUGGAUGUUACCAUAGCCCGCAUCAUCCAGAACACACUCGAUGUCGAGCUGACGGAACAGGAGCAGGCACGUUUGCACCUUCUCGACGAAUGUACCUCUUGGUUUGGGGCCGCCAAGGACAAGGAGGGUGCAGUGUUUCGCGACUUUGGACGCUAUGCUACUCUGGUCGCGGAGCGCAAUUCUGACGAGCGCAAACGAUGUUAUCCUGCUCUCGUAUCCUUUGUCGGAGAAACUGGUGCUGGCAAGAGCUCUUUAAUCAAGCUACUGGUUAGUACCACGAGGCCAGGCGCAUCUGCACCGACUCCAGUUGUUGGUAGUACCACAAACUCGGAGACGCCAACUUCAGGCGAUGUGCACUUGUACGCUGACCCUCAUACAUUCGACCAAGAUCGACCUGUGCUCUAUGCUGAUUGUGAAGGCCUGCAUGGUGGCACGCUCGAGCCAAUGGGUGUCAAGUUACGUGCCCGCCGGGCUGCUACUCCUGCGGUGAGUAGACCGCGAACAGCAUCAUUCGAGAAACACCUGCGCCGUCGCCAUGAAACUGCUGAACGAGAAAUAGCUUGGGCAAAGACUCCAGAAAGGACUACACGCAAGUACUUUGUGGAAAACCUGUAUCCAAGGCUGCUAUAUACCUUCUCCGAUGUCAUCGUGUUCGUUGUCAAGAAUGCGCGAACGAUCGAGGAUGUUGUCGAACAACUCAUCUCUUGGGCCGAUGCGGUCAUUCAAUCUUCUUCCAAUCAGCCUGUGCUGCCUCAUGCGAUCAUUGUUCUCAAUGCCUCCGAUAAUAAAGACGAGCGCUUGUGGGAUGUCGACGUAUCGACUACUGCGCUACUCAACAACGUUCGCGUUGCAGUCAAUCAAAAUCCGACUCUAAAGAAGUAUGCCGCAAAAUGGGGUUAUCGUAUCGAAUCGGCACAGUCGUUGUUACUGUCAUAUUAUUCUAGUACUCGUGUGGUCAGAAUACCAGAGAAGAGUCAGCCUACUCUUAUACAUCUUCAAAUUCAGAGAUUGUACUCAGAAAUCAACGUGGCGUCUUCCUCAUCCCAUAGCGCCAAGCACCGAGUUCGCAUGAAGUUGAACUGCGAAGAGCUACAGCCCUACUUACAAAGGGCGUUCGACCAUUUUUGUAGUGAUCUUGAUGACGCUUUCGAUUUUGUGAAGGCAUCCUAUGCUAACAGCAGCAUACCCAGUGACUUCAGUGGGAACAUCUUGAAAAUCGCGGUCAGUAUCAUGCAAAGAUGGCAGAACAAGCUUACGGGACCUCUGUUAUUCAAAGAGUUGAGCUUCCUUGUUGCCGGUUGUGUGAUGCUAGAUGCAGUUCGGCAAGGCAAGCUCGGAACAGCUGCACAAGUUCUGCCUGAAUACCUUGACCACUUCGACGAGGCCAUAGAAGAGUUCUGUGACAAGUUCUGGCCCUGUGAAUUUGUCACUCUCAAAGGACGUUGUGUCAAUGUGAAAGCUGGCCACAAAAAGGGUCAUCAGUCACGUAAGGGUGAAGUACUUGGUACCACAGCCUACCAAUCAUCGUUCACCGCGUCUGCAUACCGCCAGGAAUUCCUGGACGACAUCUAUGCUCAUCUAAAUGAGCUCUUGGAGGACCUCGCUGCUGAAAGCAAGAGCAUGGCAAGCAUUGAGCAGGAGGUUGCAGCAAGACUACAUCGAACCAAAAUCCUUGGCCCUUUCUUUCGACACCUUGGUGGAGCUCAGAAGUUCAUCAGUCAUUCGGCCUGCCUUGCCUGCUUGGUCGGACCUGCUGAGUACAGCUUGCCAUGUGGGCAUGUGUUGUGCAAGCCAUGUUUGACAGACUUUGGUAACGUGAAGGGCCCUACCCUGGUCGAGAUGAGGUUUUGCCCGCUCCACGAUGACGAGACGAGCCAUUUCCGAUGGCCUGUAACGAUUGUUCCUCCCAAUGCGGGUAUUCGCAUAUUAACUAUCGAUGGUGGUGGUGCCAGGGGCAUCGUGCCACUGUUGAUGUUGCGAAGAUUGGAGCACGAGUUUGGACUCCCUAUCCAAAAUUUCUUUGACCUUAUCAUCGGAACCAGUACUGGUGGUAUUAUAGGUCUCGGUCUCGGGGAAAAAGGCUGGUCUGUGGACGAAUGCAUUACCAAAUUUGAGCGUCUUGUAAAGACAGCUUUCACAAAACACAACUUCCUUGGUUGGGACUAUAUCGAUUACUUGAUCGCUGCUUACAACAAUGGCAAGUACAAGAUUGAGCCACUCGAGGCUCUGUUGCGAUCAGAGUAUGGAGAAGAGAGUCUGUUUGGUGGCAGUAGUAGAGACCUGAAGUCCACUGGAGGCAUUGCCCCGAGCAAAUGCAAGGUUGGUGUGACCACAACCACAACAGCAGGUAGACCGUGUCUGCUUGCCAACUACAAUCGACCUGAUGUGGACAUUCGAUCGACCCCUAGCACACCUCACAUAGGUCAAGAAGACGAAGCUGUGGCGCCUUUGGAGGAGCGUGGAAAACCCUAUGACUUCAUUCGCGCUGAACAACCAGCUGACGAGAUAUCUACGUGGGAAGCUGCUCGGGCCACAUCUGCAGCACCACGCAUAUUCCGACCAUAUACUCAUGGACCAACGGGACAAACAUUCAUGGACGGUGGGAUCUAUUACAACAAUCCGAUUGAAGUAGCUCUGCGUGAGCACAGGCUUGUAUGGCCGAACAAUCGACCAGAAGGGCCAGAUGUCCUUCUCUCGCUAGGAACCGGUUAUACUGGGGCCAGGAAAGCACGUCUUGCUGACCCGCCCUCUCUAGGCAUAGUAUCCCACUUCAAGCAGAUGUUGAAGAUUGCUGUGGAUCAUGUCAAGAGCUCGCAGAAUUCGGAGGAGCAAUAUCGAUUGACAUAUGAUCGUAUACCAAACAAUCUCAAGGCUCGAUUCCCACGGCUGACUAUCUUGGUUCCUGAGGGAUUACCGAAGUUGGACGAUGUGUCUGCCAUAUCUGACUUGAAGACAGUCACAAGGGACAAUCUGAACAGCCGGUGGAGCGAAAUUCGUGGCAUUGCAAAUCGUCUACUCGCGUCCUCGUUUUAUUUUGAACCUAUGUCCGGAACCACCAAGAAGAACGAUGAUCACUCCAUAUCUGUGACAGGUUCUAUCAAAUGCCGGAUCGCGGCCGGCACACCCGAGAUCUCCAAGCUUGGCGAGCUGCUAAGGCGUCGAUGUCAGGAAGCCUACAACAAUCGUGCUGUGCAUAGUCCUUGCUUCGUUAUCGAGGAGAAAGCAAAAGGAAGAGACGCUCAGCAAGUCCUCCUGGCGGAUCAUGUGAUCCAGGGUAUGAUUGAGCACUGCCAGUUCAAUCUUGGUCAUAUCAAGGUGACAAUAUCAAGUCCGAAUGCCAUGUCUGACAUUCACCUACGGUUUGGUAAUGAAGCGACAAGGGCCCAAAACAAUUCGAUCAGCGGAUUCCCCCGUUUUUGGGACGAAGAAGUGAUUAAGCAUUCAAGGAGAAGUCUGACGUUGAGCUUGAGUCGACAGCGCCAGGUUUCUCGACGUCACCGUCCUACUUGGUCUGUGCCGGAUGUCAAAGUGGCUCGUGUACUGGGCAGAUAUGCAGAGCAGAAGAAUCCAGGUCUUGCGACCGACGAGGAUUUACAAGCCGUAGAGGCGAGGUUAUCAGAGCCUACAGCUGCCCAGCUAACGACACCAACAGCUCGAUCGCCAGCAUCGUCUAGUAACGAAAGUUUGAUUGUGCACGGAGGUGAGAGUCCUUUUGGUCGUCCGCAGGGAGACUGGGCUCGUGGGAUCAAAGUCGACCCAGAUGCACCACCUGGUUACAGUGAUCCUAAUUACGUCUACAGCGGAGGGAAUUCUAGCGCUGGACCAGCAGAGUUACCAGGCCACUCGACUGCAGACUGGCGGCUGACACCUGCAGAGCUCGAGGAGGAUCCAUUCCCUCAUAUACGACCCGACAAUGACCCAUUUGGACCAUCGCUGGGUGCAGGCGCUUCACAUCUACAGAUUCCUGUGUCGCCAUCACGAUGGUCCUCGUCUCAUGGGUCAUCGCGGACGAGAUACUCCAAUGCUUCUGGCAGGUCUACACAGUCAGUGCGGAUGUCUGAUUCGAGCUUACAUUUUUCUGGUCGGCCAAAAGGACAUGCUGGGAGGAAAAGCACUGGUACUGUUAGGGAGAGUCCGGACAUGUAUGGUCCAGGAUGA